CGAUMAAGAAUCUUUAACACUUUCUGUUCAAAAUUGAAAAUGUUACAAUUGUCACAAAGAGCAUUUGAGAGAUAGUUUCUUGCUUUGUGACGGUAAGCGAAUAUUUAUAUCCAUUGUAUUAGUUAGUGCGUAUCAUCACUUUGACAAUUUCACUGUUUGUAAUAGGUUCCUUUUUUCAACGCAAUAGUUGCCUUUUAAAUUCGUUUGUGUUCAUCGAUGAACCGUAAUUUGUUUGCGUUUGGUUUUGCAAUGCUUUCCCAUGGUGUUCACACUUCCUGUCUGCUACAAUCUGAUAUGAACACUUCAUUGUUGGAUGUUGUGGUUUUGGAUUGCUUSAAAGCAUUUACUUUGUAUUUUUAGUCGGAUAGAGCAAUGACGUACGAACUCGUGCUAAAAUAAUCAUUCUAAUAUUGCUUUUUUGCCUGUCCUUCUCGUGUCAUGCUGUACCAUGAAAGAUCAAAGAAAGGGAAAGGCAAAACACCAACAAGAAAGGACCAUGARCACCAAMAGCAUCAAUGGGAGCAGCGAAGCAGACACGAACAAAACAACCCAGAACCAACAUCGUGCACAUAAUAUCAACACCUCCUUGGCUGCGGAAUACACCAGCGGAUCAUCCCCAUUGUUGCUUUCAUCCAACCCCUCCAAUGUUUUGUCUAGCUCGUCCRCUCGCUCCCUGUACGAAAACCUGCGACAGGAAGCAACGUCGUGCUGUCCAGUCUGUGGCUUUCAGAWUUUCGUGAACAACAGUAUUGACACCAACACCGUCCAAAGCGCAAACGCAAUCGUGGCCAGUCACCUGCCGGCGGGAACCUGCUUCUUGUGCUCCCAAGCAGUAGUCGAAGCGAACCACAGUGAUGCGAUCAAGACWAUCUGCGACGAAAACAACAUCGCCUGCAWUAGCRACAACUGGAGGGCCAAAGAAAAACAGGUAGAAGAAGAUCGGCAGUUGGCCGCGACCCUGUCGGCAAUUUUGUUGGAGGAAGAACGAGAACAAGAAGAGAACAUCCGUCGUCGCCCYAGCGCUUGCCUAGGAGUUGUAUGGCUCGAGGAGUCCGGUUGCGGUAACACUAAUGAUAGCCUUGAGGUCGCCCGCGACACAGUCAACUACGAUAACUAUUUCAAUGAUAUCAAUGAUGAGCAUUGUUUCAAUGGAAAGUCUAGUGUGAACACAGGUUUGACUACGAACAACAKCAGCUACAAAAAGGUUCAAAAUCAUGCCGAUUGGAAUCAUCGCURCGACUGCAACGAUAACCACCAUAACAAUGACAGCUCUUAUCCCUCYCAAGAUACUGAAACCAUGGGUGRAUUCGCUACCACUCCUAGUUUUCCUGCUGCUGCCGCUGUUGCUAGUAGCAACAGUUGUAACAGUGASAAAAACCAAAUCAUGCGGCGUUCCAACGAGAGCGAAAUGCUUUGCAAUCCUCACAAYKUUAUCCCUCGUGCUUGGCUGAUCGAGGAUCAGGAGGCGAUUUUUGCUGCAGCRGCAGAAAAUAAGAAUACAACUUUUGGCAACCAUCAACAYAAUCCCAGAAGCUUCCGGGAUGAUCCCCUUGGUGAUGGCGACGUUGUAUACAUUGGUGAAUACAAYCUUCUCGGUCAACCACAUGGAUURCAUGGGGAAGUCAUUUGGAAAUACAGUAGCAACAGCAGCAAUAKAGGCCAUCAUACUCAACGCUACGUUGGUAGCUUUCAAAAUGGAAUGCGGUCCGGCCAGGGCACAUUUUUCUUUCGAGAUGGUACGAACAAAGUGGAAGAUAACGCGUCGUAUCUUGUCGUUCUAUUCCAAGCAAAGACAGAGAGAAAGAGAGGGUCAAUCGUGUCGCUUGAUCGUUCUAUAASAAUUUUAUUUUGAUUUUGUGAUCGAUGGUACCAUCCCGUGCGACAACAACGCAGCUUUGCAUUUGUCUUGUGCAGCAGAAGAUUGAUGGAACUCCYGUUUGUCGCGCGUGACGCUCUCACUCAUUUGAUACAUAAAGCUCUUCAAUGUCRUUUGUGYUCUCACAUCGAUUGUUCCCUUCACAUCUURCCUACAUCKCACGAUAUCAUAUCCAUUUACAUUCAAUACUUCAUGAUGAAAMCAGGUUCUGAAUACACCGGAGAAUGGAAAGAAAAUCAGAUGCACGGCGAUGGCACUCGUAAAUUCGCCAAUGGUGACACCUACACCGGACGAUACCACAAGGGUAUGCGGAACGGAGGUCCCAACUGCAAGUUUCGAUUCGCCAAUGGAGACCUGUACGUAGGAGCAUGGGAAGUCGACCGCUUCCACGGAGACGGGAGGUACUUUUUUGCACACGAUGGAAGCGUCCUCGAGGGCACCUUUGUCCACGGUGUCAAAGAGGGCAAGUUCAAGCUACAGCGACAGAUACGGUCGACCGAAAAACUUGAYAUUUUGAGGUUUGAGGAUGACAAGCUUGUUGGACUGGGUGUGCGAUGGAAUUCAAAACGGACAAAGACAUGGCUCUUGACGGUAGUUCCGGUUUCCCGCCCAGCAGYGCAGAUGCGAAAGCUAAAGCGCGAUGGCGAUGGUAAUGGCAAUCGAAUCGAAACGAAUGAAGCCAUGAAAGCACCAUCGUUGUGCAGGAAGGACAACAGCAAAAAAAGUAGCAGCAGUAGAAGUAGCAGCAACAAUAGUAGCAACACCGAUACCAAAAAGCCGAAAUUCCACCGCCGUCUGAUUGGUUGUCUCGCAAAACCCCUACGGUAUGACUUUCGCAGCCGAAAUAACCCUUCAUCGUCUUUAGAARCGAAAGGUUCACCAGCCAGGGGCAACRGGAAUAUCAAUGGUGAUACAAUGGAAACAAUAGCCACGGCAUCAAAACCCUAUUCUUCAUCUUCAUUCUCCACGCCACCUCCCAAACCAACAUUGCCGUUGCCAUUGUCAUCAACAUCAUCAUCUUCAUUCAUCUCGCUCCCGGUUGAUAAUACUGUACCGGUGUUCCCUCAGGAAAUCAAAAAGUUCACUACUUGCAUCAAAAAGUCUGUGCGAAUCCCGAUCUCUCAGGCCGUGUCCAUCCAAUACGAUUGCGAGAUGGGUACCACAACCAUCACCGCGAAAAAAACAAGGACGUCCACAAUUCUGYCAUCGUCAUCGGUGUAACAAUCGAGCUUGACGACGGAGUCGGACCGAUAUUGCAUAGGGUUAUUUGGAUAGCGAAGGCUUUGAGACAGGUAGGAGACGUGAAAACCACGAAGACUAAAAAGAUCCUAUGGAAUAAUAUCGGCCGAAGGUGGAAAGGUGCAUCAACCAAGAGAAGACCAACUUGUCCGUCGACUAUUGUAAGACAACAUGGUCCGGUAUGAUAUCACUAUCACUUGACCAAGAACGUACUAGUUAUGCUGCGUUAAUUAGUAAGGU